AUGUCUCAAGUUGCUGAAGAUGUCGACUCAACAACAGAGGAGCCAGAGGCUUCCGACCGACGAUCGAGAGAUUGGACCGCAACCAAAGAAGGAAUGCAGUGGGUCGUGAAGUGUCUCCAGACACCUAUCCCAAGAACAAGCUGCUCAACAAGCACUUUACGACACAAAGUUCAAUCGAAUUCUUUGAGCACUUCGACAGCGCCACCGACGAUUGGAACAGCCUUAUGCCACACAUCGGCACAUCAAGCGUUCAUUCGCAUUACAUCU